UUAUUUUGUCGUCUGCCUCUGAUCCGGAAGUCCAGAUCCAGAUCCUGGUCCCGGUCCGGGUCUCCGGCUCCGUGCUCGGCUCUCCCCCGCUCCGCCUCGGAGGAGCAUUCCGCCUCCCUCCUCCCGCCUCCCGGACCCGGAGCUCCAGCGUCAGUCGGAGGAUGACAGGCGGAGCAGGAGCAGCUCCUCACCGGGAAACAGCUCCCCUGCGCCGGGCUGACUGAACGAGGCCAAACGCGGUGGUGGGUCGUGUCGGUCCGGACCGGAAUGGGACGGAACCCCUCUGAGAUCCGCCUUUAACCCAGUCUUCUCCUGCAGGCCACCGGCGGAAUGCAAAUUUAGAGACCAGAUCUGGACCGAGUCCCAGUGAAAAUGGGCUUCCUGCACCAGCUGCACCUCCUGCUGUGGAAGAACGUCUCCCUGAAGCGCAGAGGACCGUGGGUGCUGGCCUUUGAGAUCUUCAUCCCACUGGUCCUCUUCUUCAUCCUCCUGGGGCUGAGGCAGAAGAAACCAGCUAUUCCUGUCAAGGAAGCUUUUUACAGCGCUGCCCCCCUCACCUCCGCUGGCAUCAUUCCUAUCAUGCAGUCAUUGUGCCCCGACGGACAGAGGGAUGAGUUUGGGUUCCUGCAGUACAAGAACUCAACGGUCACCCAGCUGCUGGAGAGGAUCAGCGAGGUGGUGGAACAGAACCGGCUGUUCACCUCGGACCGACCCGGUUUGGGCAAAGAGCUGGAGAACCUGCAGCAGCACCUGGAGAGUCUGAGCUCCGCCCCUUUACCUGCAGACCACGACUUCAACAGCAGCCAAGGUCUGACACAGCUCACAUUCACCACUUGGGUGCUGGCCUUUGAGAUCUUCAUCCCACUGGUCCUCUUCUUCAUCCUCCUGGGGCUGAGGCAGAAGAAACCAGCUAUUCCUGUCAAGGAAGCUCACCGCUCAGAGGACACAUGGCAAUGA